UUAGCAGAGACUUCCCUCUUAAAUAGAAGCUUUCACACCGUGCUGCAUAUGAAAGCGCAUACACUUGGAGGUGACGCCAGCUGUACUAUCUAAGAGCUCCUGACCGUUCCUGUUACCAGUCUCGGAAAGAAAAGGGGACAGUUCUCUCUCUGGCUCAAACCCUUCUCUUCCCAUGUUAACGGGUGUUUCAUCAUCAGCAUCUGACCUUCUUUCGGAGUAGGCAGUGUUUCAGAUGAAGAUUUCCACUAUGGUCCCACUUGCCUGUUGCCUUGUAAUCUCCUUUGUUUUACCAGUGGAGUUAGAUAGUAGAUGCACGAAAGUCCAAGGAAACCUUUCCGAUCUUAAUCCGCCGACCAACCUCAUGAUUGUGGACAGACAGCUCGGGGAAUUGACAAUUUCUUGGAAUGAUAGCCUCAGUGAAAUCAGAAAAGCUAAUAUAUGUGUUAGAUAUCCAUUUGAGUACAAGUACUUCGAUUCUCAAACUUGGCAAGAAGAUUCCAGGCUUCUGGAGCCAGAAUACACAAAAGCAUUUGAAUUACACCGGGGGGUUUACAUACGAGUUAAAAGUAUGGUCCUGACUUGGCGCAAAAUAAUUAAAAAAGAAAGUAACUGGACUGUAAUAGCUAUCCAACCACCACCAGGUGACCAAGAAACAUUGGCUUCUGACGUCUCAUGUAUCAUCUAUAAUUAUUCAUUUAUGAAUUGUACAUGGAGACGAGGCAGCAAGGCACCACAUGAUACCCGAUAUAUAAUGUAUUACAGACAGGACGGGAACACUGCGCAAUGUACCCAUUAUUUUGUGGAUGAGCAUGGCAGACAGGGCUGCCAUGUUGCUGAAAUCAAAGUCGAUGUUGAAAAGAUUUUACUCUGUAUCAAUGGAUCAAGUAAUUCCACAUUGAUUCAGGCCUAUUAUACAGAAUUUAACCCACAGGAACAUGAGAUAUACAACCAGCCAGAAAAUCUUAGGGUUUUACCAAAUCUGACAGUGAUGUGGGACGUGCCUCCAGAUAAUGAAUGCACUGAAUAUCAAUUGAAUGUCACAAAUUUAGAUCAAGGUAGUACUGAGCUUCUCUCUGCUGGGGAAGAAACAAAGUAUGUCCUUGGAAGUAUCAACCCCACAAAACGUUACUCAUUGAAAGUAAGAAGAAAGGCAAAACAUACUUGCAACGAGAAUAUGUUUUGGAGUGAAUGGAGCAAUGAGGUUUUUAUUGAACCUACCAGGUCGUUUAAUAUGCAUUGGAUCCUGCGUAUGUUGGCCAUAGUGAUAGCUAUGGUAGCAAUUCUUCUAAUAUUUGCAUUCAGAAGGUACAGAGUACUGGAAAUUGCAUUCAAACCAAUUCCCGAUCCUCAAAAGAAGUUCAAAGCAUUGUUUGAAGAAUACAAUGGAGAUUUCCAGAAUUGGAUAAACUGUCGGAUACCAGUCUCAACAGUUGAUGAAUGUCACCCAGUUGUCAUUGAAGAAAGUCCCCAGAAUGAAGCAUGAAAAAGGAAACUUUCACCACCACCAAUCUGUGCAUCUGCCAACUGACAUGGCCAAUUGUGCACUAAUGCUUAACUUCUCCCAUGGCUUAUCUAUUGCAGUGUAAGCUCUGAGUUAUUGUCAUUCAAGGUUCAAGGGCUCAUACUAGUUCUAGAACAAUGACGCUGACCAGAAAUAUUGCAUUGAAUUUAUUUGGUGCCAUGGUGGUGGAUAAUGGUGAUCGGCCUGGAAAAGUAGCCAGGAGCUUUGGUUUGAGGAAGUGUGGUUUUUCUCGAGGAAAACCAAGGAAGUCUUUUGGUUUCUGCUGUACAGAGAUGAUAAGCCAAUUUGCACCUUUAAAGGCUGCAGGCGCAAGUGGUUUUAGUGGAUGCACCAGCAUUUUGCUGGAGCAGCCAGCAACCAAUUUAUCUAACCUAAUCCAGACAAUAAACGAGGAACUGCAGGUGCUGGAAAUCUGAAACACAGACAGCAAUUCCUGGAGAAACUCAGCAGGUCUGGCUGCAUCAGUGGAGAGAAAGCAGAAUAAACAUUACAGGCCAAUUCUGAAGUAAGGUCAUUGAACCUCAAAACAUUGGCCCUGUUCUCUCUCCACAGAUGCCGCCAGACCCGAAAGUUUAUACAGCAACUUCUGUUUUUGACUUCAUCUACCCUGUUCAGUGGAGGUGUCCUCCCUAAUGUAAUCUGUCUGAGUAAGCUACAAGUGAGCUGGCCUAUUGGCGGUGAAUGUCGUAAUCAAGGCCAGAUCAGAUUGAACUGAGGAAUUUCCCUUCUGUUGCAAUGUAUACUGUGGCAAUACAGUGGCUGUAAGAGGAGUAUUUUAUCCUUUUGUUUCUGAAGAGAGGUUUAAAAAGAGAUAGAGAGUUUUCACUUCCAAGAAGUGACUUCCAAUAAAGUAAACAGCUUGAGACACCCUUUCUUUAAAGUUAGAACAAUAGAAGCAGCAUGAAUGGGUGGAGUCAGCAUCCCACAGAACCAGGCUUUUAAUUUAGCUUUCAAUUAUUGGGGUUUUGAAUUUGGCUGUGGAAGAUACUAUACAAUUCUCUGCCAAAGCAAAAAGCUGACAUUCUAUUGCUCUGCUAAAAUUUUCCCUUGAUGUUACCUGCUUUAAGAUUGGAGAAACACUGUAUAUGAGACAAUCUAUUGUACUGAAGUUGCCUUUUCCAAGGUUGUGUUUAUGGGAUAUUACUAUAUUGGAAUAGCUCCUGCUUUGUAGUUAAAUAGACUAUUAUUCUGUUAAGUUUUCCAAAUGUGUUAAAACUACAACAAUUCUUCUUUGAUAAUGGGAACUGCAGAUGCUGGAGAAUCCAAGAUAACAAAGUGUGAGGC